AAAAACCGAACGAAACGAAUCAAGGUGAGCACGCACCCAGCAAUGGAGAUCCAAAUGGCCGCCGCUGCAGCAGGCGGCGCCGCUGAUACCUCGGCCGCGCUGCCCACGGGCCAAGCCUGGUGGGAGGGUAUCGCUCGCGCCCGUGCCCGCAUCGUUGCCCUCGUCCCCAUCCUCGGCCCCCAUCACCCCUCCCUUUCCUCCCUCUCUCACUCCGACCGCCCUGCCCAAGCCCUCCUCGAAGACUCCUCUCUCUCCUCGUCUCUCUCAUCCGCUCUUUCUCUCUCAUCCUCAGGCUCAGGCUCCGACCCCCUUUGUCACUGGCUUUACGAUACCUUCCUCACCUCCGACCUCGACCUGAUUCUCGUCGUAUUAAGCUUUGUGCCUCUAAUCUCGGGCUUGUAUCUUUCUCGCUCUUCAUCUCUGAGCUCUUCGUCAUCUCCUCGUCCAAAUCUGGCCGGCUUUGAAGCCGUUUUGCUGGCAUUGUAUUCAUCAGAGGUAAAAAUUCGUCAGGGAAAACCCAUUAAAGUUAAUAUUCCUGAUUUAGGGCUUCCCAGUUUGUACCAUGCUCCUCGUCAGGCACCGGCUGGGUCUCCGAGGGUGCCUGAGCAAGGGGUGGUGUCACCGCCGCUCGAGCCGCAGACGGCAGUGAAGUCAACAAAGCGCGCUUCAAUUGUGGGUGUCGCCCUCGACCUCUUCUACCGCAAGAUUGCAGUGAUGCCGAUGCGUUCCAAGCUUGAUCUGUGUAAUUUUGCUGCCUCUUGGGCUGGACAAAACUGCCCAUGUUGCCACCAGCUCGACGAUUUAAAUGUUGGGUCAUUACAGAUUGCAAUGGAAAAUCUAGAUUUGCAGAACCAUAAUAACUCUGAGCCCUCCCCUUCUUCUCCACGUUCUAGUUCAUCUUCUUUGUCUUCCCGCUCAGUUGUUCAAGAAGAGGAAGAUGGCCCCUCGGCUAAAAUUAGGGUUUCUUUAGAAGAGAAUGACCAUGGCCAAUACCCAGAAAUUAGGGCUCCUCCUUCAAGAGAGGAAGGUGAGGAAAUUAGGAUUCGGGAAGAAGCCAGGGUUUCCAGUGAGGGGAGGAUCCCACUUCCUUGGGAGCUGUUGCAACCGGUGCUCCGAAUCUUAGGACACUGUUUAUUGGCUCCUUUGAACCCACAAGAGGUGAGGGAUGCGGCUUCGGUGGCUGUAAGGAGUUUGUAUGCGAGGGCAUCACAUGAUCUGGUUCCUCAGGCUAUCCUAGCAACGAGGAGUUUGAUUCAGCUUGAUAAGGGGGCUCGGAUGGCUGCUCAGUCGGCUGCUAUGGCAAAUGCUAGUGUCAAUGUAGGCACGCCCACUAAGCCCAAGAAACCGGAGAUCUUUUUGGUUUCAAAGUGAGAAGGGAAUCCUUCUUUAUAUGGUUUCAAAGUGUGAAGGGAAGCGUUCUUUUCUGCGGAGAUUGACUGUUUGAUUAAUAGUUAGAGGGUUGAUGGCUGUUGAUGUGGGGACUCUCUGUGGUUAGGCUUUCUCUUGGGGCUUUGUGGUUCUCGGAACAUGGGGUAAGAAAUGGUGACUUUUAGAGUUAUGUAUGGAUUGUUAGGUGGCCGUGUCUGUUGCAAUUAUGGUUAACUUCGGUAUUUGAAGGAGAUUUUGGUCCCUCUCUGUUGCUAUCCAGCUGACUGUAUACUAUUGUGUUCAUAGUUAAUUUCUUUAUUUAUUCUCCUUUUUGUUGUUGUGUAUGGGUUUAUGAUUUUACGAUUUGUUUGAAAUUGUAAUGGCGCAUGGGCAUCAUUUAUUUUCUAUAUUUUCUGUGGGAGAGGUAUAUAAGAGUGAUUGUGUUCUUCUCUAUAUAUCAAAGGAUUUGGGUUUACCCCUUUUUCAGGAUGAAAA